UUUGUCUCUGUGAGGUUGCUAGUACUUUCUCGUUCUUGUUACUUCUUCUUUUUGGCUUUUUUACUUGCUUAUCGCUGUCUGAAUGGUACCAUACAUUCGUCCCAGACUCAUCAGGGUAUCUUAUUCUCAUUACUGUUGUAUCCCUCCGAGAUCGAAUUCCCUGGCGACGCACCGACGUUUUGUGUGCUCCGCGAACCCUCGACCAUUCUCCGCGCAUUCCCAAGCUCGCAUUGCGACCGACUUUGGAUCGCACAAGCCUGCACCUUUCCAGACCCUGUCCUCUGUCUCCCCCAACCGCCUCCAGUCGGCCUUUCCCGUUGCGCCUCGGCCCAGAUUUGCUACCACGAUGGCCACCAAUGGCGAAGCUCGCCCCAAACGAAGAAACAGCCCGAUAUCAGCAAUAGAGAGGCCUAAGAAACAGUUGAAGCAAGAGAAUGGCGUCCCAACACCGGGAGAUGCGACCCCCCAGAAUGGUUCGGUCUACGACAUUGAGGCAGAUGCAAAUUCUGUUCCGAUAAUCAACGCUGUGUCAGCCGCCGGGGAUUCACCUGAAUGGCAGGCCACGAUAGAAAAGGUCAUCAAGAGCGUGGUGUCUAUACAUUUUUGUCAAACUUGUUCAUUUGAUACGGACCUGUCCACCUCGAGUCAGGCCACUGGGUUCGUGGUGGACGCAGAGAACGGAUACAUCCUGACCAACCGCCAUGUGGUGUGUUCUGGGCCGUUUUGGGGUUAUUGUGUUUUCGACAACCAUGAAGAGUGCGAUGUGCGGCCGGUCUACCGCGACCCGGUUCACGAUUUCGGCAUUCUACAGUUCGACCCCAAGGCCAUCAAGUACAUGCAAUUGGAGGCGCUCAAGCUGCAGCCAGAAUCUGCCAAAGUCGGGGUCGAAAUCAGAGUGGUUGGAAACGAUGCCGGUGAGAAGCUCAGUAUUCUCUCCGGUGUGAUCAGUCGAUUAGACCGCAAUGCUCCAGAAUAUGGCGAAGGGUACUCCGAUUUCAACACAAAUUACAUUCAGGCGGCUGCAGCUGCGACCGGUGGAAGUUCUGGCAGUCCUGUUGUCAAUCUGAACGGUAAUGCGGUUGCACUUCAGGCAGGCGGGCGCGUGGAUGGUGCCGCCACCGACUACUUUCUGCCACUCGACCGACCAUUGCGCGCCUUGCAGUGUCUACAACAAUCCCAGCCGAUAACUCGAGGCACCAUCCAGACACAAUGGAUGCUGAAACCCUUUGACGAUUGCCGAAGACUUGGUCUAACUCCAAAUUGGGAAUCAGCAAUGCGGAAACAGUUUCCUACCGAAAACAGCAUGCUUGUGGCAGAGAUUGUGUUGCCCGAGGGGCCUGCCGAUAACAAGAUUCAAGAAGGAGAUGUCCUGAUCAAAGUCAAUGGAGAGCUUUUGAAUUCUUUUGUCAAAUUGGAUGCGAUAUUGGAUUCUAGCGUAGGCGGUAAGAUUAAUCUAUUGUUCCAGCGUGGGGGAGAGGAUUACGAGGCUACUCUCGACGUCGGGGAUUUGCACGCAAUCACUCCCGAUCGAUUUGUUGCUGUGGCAGGUGGCAGUUUCCACAACUUGUCAUAUCAACAAGCGCGGUUAUAUGCAAUUGCGUGCAAAGGUCUUUACGUGGCCGAGGCUGCCGGAUCCUUCAAGAUGGACAACGCUCUCUCUGGGUGGAUCAUUGACACAGUCGAUCAGAAGCCGACUCCAGACCUGGAUGCAUUCAUCGAGGUCAUGCGGAAUGUGCCAGACAAGUCUCGUAUUGUUAUUUCGUACCGUCAUAUCAGGGAUCUGCACACGAGGGCUACGAGCAUCGUGCACAUCGACCGACAUUGGCACCAGCGAAUGAGACUGGCCGUACGGAAUGACGCAACGGGCUUGUGGGAUUUCAAAGACUUGGGUAAAGCAAUUGCCGCCGUACCUCCCAAAGUUCAAGCUGCCGACUUUGUCCAACUGGACGAUCUGCCAGCUGCUGCGGACAUCGUUCGAUCCUUCGUCAAAGUUUCCUGUUAUAUGCCUGUCAAGAUUGAUGGAUAUCCUCAAGCAAGGAGAACUGGGUUUGGCCUUGUUAUUGAUGCAGAAAAAGGUUUGGUCGUGGUGUCUAGAGCCAUCGUCCCAUACGACCUCUGCGAUAUUACUGUUACAGUUGCCGACUCUAUACAGAUUGAAGGAAAAGUCAUCUUCCUUCAUCCACUCACCAAUUAUACUGUGAUUCAAUAUGACCCAAAGCUGGUCCAAGCGCCUGUUCAGAGCGCUCGUCUGGCGACUGAUAUGGUUAAACAGGGGGCUGACACCAUAUUCGUGGGAUUCAACCAGAAUCACAGAAUCGUUGUUGCCAAAACCACUGUCACAGACAUUACGGCGGUCGGUAUUCCAGCGAAUGCUGCUGCUCCCCGAUACCGUGCUGUCAAUCUGGAUGCCAUCACCGUGGAUACAGGACUAUCAUCUCAGUGUUCGUCUGGAGUGCUCAUCGGGUCGGAUGGUGUGGUGCAAGCUCUCUGGCUCACCUAUAUGGGCGAGAGAACGCAGGGCAGUCAUCGAGAUACUGAAUAUCACCUCGGUCUGGCCACGAGCAUGAUUAAUCCGGUCCUUGACCAGAUUCGUGCCGGUGUCAUUCCCAAACUACGCAUUUUGAAUAUGGAGUCGUACGUGGUACAGAUGGCUCAAUGUCGUAUCAUGGGAGUUUCAGAUGAAUGGAUCAAGAAGGUGGCCAAAGCUAAUCCGUCACGGCACCAGUUGUUCAUUGUCCGUAAGGUCGAUUGCGGUCCUGCCAACGGCCCCGGUGAUGGCCAAUUGCUUCAAGAAGGGGACAUCAUUCUUACUCUCAACGACCAGCUCAUCACCAGGGUAUCUGAUUUCGAUAUCAUGUACGACAAGGAAUGGCUCGAUGCUUUGGUGGUACGGAAAGGCAAAGAGGUCCGGCUGCGUGUUCCUACAGUGCCAACAGAGGACUUGGAAACCGCUCGCGCCGUUGUCUUCUGUGGCGCGGUGCUGCAGAAGCCACAUCACGCUGUGCGUCAACAGAUCAGUAAACUGCACUCGGAGAUCUAUGUCAGUGCGAGAAGUCGGGGAUCACCGGCGUACCAGUAUGGACUUGCUCCCACCAAUUUCAUCACUCAUGUCAAUGGUGUGAAGACUCCAGACCUGGAUGUAUUUGUCCGGGAGGUGAGCAAGAUUGAAGAUAAUACCUAUUUCAGACUAAGGGCUAUGACAUUUGAUAAUGUGCCGUGGGUGGUGACGAUGAAGAAGAACGACCAUUAUUUCCCUAUGUCGGAAUACGUCAAAGACACCAGCACGCCGAGUGGAUGGAAAAUCGUGUCGCACAAGCAAGCGGGAGACAAAGACGACGGCGCACCUUUGACCGCCGAAGGAAUGGACGAAGAAGCAACAGGGGUCUCUGGAGACGAGCAACCAGACACGGAGAUGGACUAGAGAUGGUUUUGUUAGACAACCGGUUACCUUGACCACAGUAGGUCACAGGGGUGAUAUCAAUAGAAAUUACAUCCCAAUGGCUUGUCAUACAGGCUCGAAAGAAGAUAAGAAGGGGGCUCAUGAUGAAUGAGAUGAGCGCAAAGUGGUAAUUGGAGGAGCCAGUCCAAAAGGUUUUGUACCAGACAGGCAAACACAAAAAUGAAUACGAAGAAGUAGAAACCAGAAAACCCCCUUUUCCUUUUGGGGAAGGCUGUAUUCGAAAAAGUGUCU